AUGCUUUACGGUAACUUCGUGAAGUGCGAAUAUGAUGUCCACAGCAACAAUGGUGGCGGCAGCAGCAGUAGUAGUAGUAGCGGUGGCGGUGGUGGUGGUGGUGGAGGUGGUGGUCAUGGUUUGAUCAAAGCGUCAUCAGCAGCUGCAACAGCCACCUCCAUGGCGGCCGCCGCUGCUUCUAUAGCCGCCUCAGUGGCGUCAACAACAUCCUCGCCUGCGUCAGCAAGUCAUCUCGGUCAUCACCAUCAUCACACACAUCAUCAUCACCAUCAUCCGAAUGGUGGCCUGUUGGCCGCAGCGGGUUUGGGUGGCAUGGGUGGCCUCGGCAUACCGGUAAGCUGUGCAGGUUUACGUGGUGUGGCGAGUGGUCUCAGUGGCUUGACCACAGCUGGUGGAGUCGGUGUGGGCAUUGGCAGCGGUGGCAGUUCGAGUGGCAGCAACAGUAGCGGGCUUGGGGGUGUGCUGAGUUUGCCGCCAGGUCAUGUGCCAGAUAUUUGCCCUAUCUGUGGUAUAAAAAUUUCGGCAGAAGAAUGGAAUUCACACUUUUUGACCGAACUAGACCGACUCUACAAGCUAAGCUCGGGCAUGGAACGUACGAAUUUACAGGCAUCUUACAUGUUUGCGCCGCCCUGUCCGGCGCAAGAGAAUGCCAUACGCACCAGUCAUAAUCGGUGGGAGACUUUCCAAAGGAUACGCAAUAAUAGACAGAAUCGUUUAAGAAUAAAGGGUCGAAAACGAAAAUAUGGCAAUGAUUUGUACUUCAUGGAAAACUUGUUCUGCAAUUCCUGCCCGAUUUGUAAGCGAAAAUAUGCGAUCGAAGCUGGAAAGAUCCAACCUGAGGAGGACACCAAAAUGCAAGAAGAAAUCGAAACGGUCGAUGUUGAAAGUUGCAAUGACGAUGUGCCCGACUCUGGCUCCGAGCUGACGUCACACUCCCAACUCAGUGUGAAUAGCUUGAGUCACGCGCACCAUCAGCACCAGAACAGCAUUGGCAAUCAGACUCUGGGCAGCAAUAUGCACAGCAGUAAUAGUCAACCCGGAAAAUUAGAUGGCAUCUUAUAUCGAACGGCUUGUGUUAUGAAUAAAGAUGCUGGGAAUAGUGAAGAUGAUUUGAAUGCAACCAGUACUAGCGGCGGAGGUGGUGGCGCUGGCGGCAUGACACAAAAUUGGAAUCACGCGCAACACAACACAGCUCAACACAACACAGCGCAACAACAAGGACAUAUCAGUGUGAAAAAUGUCAGCGAACUGUCAUCGACAACCCAUCACUUCUACAACGCGGACUCGUGUGGCGCUGUUGAUGAGCGCUCCAGUGGCGGUGGUGGCGGCAGCGGCAAUUGUAACGGCAAGGAUGUUUCAAUGGAAACAUGCAAUGCCAACGACAGCGACGAGGAUGUCAUUGUAGACGACGAUGAUUCUAUUAAAAUGACGAAUCUGUGCAGCAAUAAAAAACGAAAGCAUGACGAGACGGUGGUUAGUAGCAGAACAUCAGAUGACCACACGCCAAUGCUGGAGCAGGAGAGACCACGCUCCGAACCACAAGUGACAAGUACCGAGCCAAAUAUGGAAAUGGCGAACAAUAAUAAUAAUAACAACAAUUCCAAAUACAGCACCUUUGAGGAGAUGCGCUCAAAGCAACAGCAACAACAACAACAACAGACGGAACUGGAUAAUGGCCACAGCAAUGUGAGCGGCGUAGGUGCUGGAGGUGGUGGUGGUAAUGCAAACAUAAUGGGACCGGGACUUACGCAAUUGGACACAAAGGUGGGAUUUAGUUCGGAUAAUAAACCGGACGAUGAAAACAAAUGUUUCAUUUGUAAGACAGGUAUAAAGGAUUUUGCCACGGAAUCUUUCUUUCGCGGACGCAACUUGUAUUUCCAUCAGAGUUGUGCGAAUGUGAUGAGCAGCUAUCGGCUAAGUAAAGACUUGCAACAGCAGCAACAAAACCUGAUACAACAGCAGCAGCAGCACCAACAGCAACAGGACGCUCAAAAAUCACCAUCUCCACAACAAUUGGUGAAUCUUUAAGAAUUUAUUAAACACUCACAUCAUAAACACAUUCAAACGAACACACAUAGAAACAUACAUAGAAAGCGCUACACAAAUAAAUUUAUCGUAAGCCGUUUAAGAAUUUAACAUGUUAUCUGACUUAGCAAAAAUAUGCUUAUGUGUACCAUAUAGUAUUUUAAAUAAAAAUAAAAUGUAGACUUAGUGCUAAUUGUGUGAACCGAAGUAUCUACAAAGCUAAGCAUUAGGGAGGUUCUUAUGUGCGUGAAUUUUUGCAAUGCUAUUUAUUACUUGUGUAUUUUUCUUAAAAGUCUGUUAACUACUUUGUACAUUAUGUUAUCUUUUUGAUGUAUUAAAUUUUCUAAAGAAAUAUACUUUCGAUAACAGAUACCCAGAAAUGUUUUAAAAAGACUAGAAAUAGCCUCUUUGCCAUUCGAGCACGGCAUUUCAUUAUAAAGACCCUUUUCCCCACUUACAGCUGGUAUGAAUUUUUAUAGCUGGCGCAGUCACAGAAGCGGCCUAAAAUUCGAUAAGCAAACCACUCCGGCGUGCAGUGAUGUGCGGCCGUUCUGAAACUUCCAUUUCAGGAUUCUUAUCUCGUUUCUAACAAGGAAAUGUUGUUGCUUGCCAAUCGACUGAAAAGAGGAUUUUACCGACGGCUCGAAAAUGGAAGAAUUAAACGCAAUGGUAUUUAUUCGAGGAGCCUGCAGAUCAGGCGCUUUAAUCGAUUGCCUGUCAGCUUCUGAUUCUAUAAUGCAGAAAUCUUUUCCGAAGGGUGUUCCGUUGGGUUUUUCGGGCAUGUUAACAUUGAGGGGAACGAACCAGCUGAUGAAAUGGCUAAAGAGGGUCUGAAAAUCCAAAUAAGCUUCGCACGGCUGGAAAAAAACGACCUACGAACCAAACGGUAUGACGUCGAAAUAAGUACCGGGGUAGCGGGGUAGAUAAGCCUCAAGCCUCCAAACUUAACCAAGCCUCGCAGGAUAGUCCUUUCAACCUUUGUAAGCGGAUCUGCCCGAAACCCGCAAUUCUGUCCGAGGUAACUGUGGUCGAAACAACUAUUUUAUCAAAUGGGGCAAUAAAUAUUUCGAGCGCCAGCCGCUAA